CAUACUUCAAGGAUGUUUCUUCGAAGAAGUACCUUCAACCGGAUGUAGGGAUCACCUGUUCAAUCGAAUGCCGACAACCGUCAAUGGCCCGCGCUCGUUUCUUCACAACUUUAAGAUGAAUCGUUAUUCCCCCACCGAUUGUUUAGCCAUUCCCCACUCGUUCAAACAUCGUGUGACCAUUGCGGAAUACGUUUACCUUCAAAGAGACAGUACUUGCUGUCUUUGCGAGACGGAAGCAGGCAGGUGCGCGUAAGGUCCAUCGGAUGUCCGGCGGCGGUGGCGGCGGCGGCGACGACGACGACGACGACGACGACGACGACGACGACGUUGGCGAUAAUGGUAGCGGCGGCAAUUCAUUAAUUCGCUUAUCAACGAUCGUCCGUGUAGACGAGCAAAAAGUGUACCAUGCAGCUCGUGUCUCGCACGCGUGGAGACGGGUUUUACAACGUUUAGAAGGCCGAACGCCCGUGCUCGUGACGGACGUCGUGCUUGAGCGCUCCGUUUUAAGCUUACGAGACGUAAAAGACGAUAGCAUGCGGCUGUGCUGCUCGAAGAAGGCCGAGACUGACCCGCUGCAGUCGGGACUCGAAAAUGGAGUUUCGAAAAACUCGAUGGGGAAAAAUAUAGAAAAAUUUGGACUUUACCAGAUAAUAACGUUCACAUUUAGUAGCAUACCAUUGCUGCUAACGGCAGGAUUUACACUUUCCUACGUAUUUACCGCGGGCGAAGUUAAAUACAGAUGUUUAGUGCCGGAAUGCGAGCAUUCGGGAAACACGACGUUCGCUCCGCCGUGGAUCAACGCUUCCGCGCCGAAAAUCGACGGGAUCAUUUCCGGUUGUACGCGUUACACGGUGCGAGAUGAUGUUUCGGGCACAUGUUCGGAAGCGUCGUUCACCAACAAUACUCACGAUUGCGACUCUUGGAUUUAUGAUCCGGACGAGCGUACGAUACUCAACGAGUGGGGCUUCGCUUGCGACGCUAACCGAUGGAAGCUCACGUUGGUGGGCACGAUACAAAACACCGGUCAAUUCGUCGGCUUAAUAUUUGCCGGAUAUAUAUCCGACAGAUACGGGAGACGGACCUUUUUGACGCUGGCGACGUUUCUGUCUGGAAUUAGCGGUUUGAUACAUUCCUUCUCGGUGAAUUAUUGGAUGUUUCUCGCAUUCGAAUUCCUCGAUGCCACCAUGGCGGCCGGAAUUUACAGCGCGGGAUUUAUUUUAGGGAUGGAGACGGCGGGAGUGAAAAACAGAAUCUUCGGGAGCACCAUUAUGUGCUGCAUGUUCGCCAUAGGUGAGAUCUUGUUGGGAUUGAUCGCGAGCUGGCUAAGAUCUUGGCGAACGCUUCUUAGGGUGGUGUACGGGCCGGGACUGCUAGCCAUUCUCUUGCCUCUAGUCAUUCCGGAAUCGAUUAGGUGGCUGCUGUCGAAGGGUAAACACGAGGAAGUGGAGAAAAUUUACCGUAAAAUGGCACGAAUGAAUGGUCUGCCAGUAACGGACGAAGCUAUCAAUGCGUUUAAAGAAUUAAAUGUAGCUAAGCCUGAAAACAAAAGCGAUCUGGUGAUAGCAGAUGAAAGGAAACCGAUUGUCCAAGUUCUACAUAGCUCAGUGAUACUCAUUCGGCUGCUGGUCUGCUCGUUCUGCUGGCUCACGAACACGUUCGUUUAUUACGGACUGUCGUUGAAUUCCGUGGCGUUCGCCGGGGAUAAGUACAUCAAUUUCAUGCUCGUCGCGGUGGUCGAGAUACCGGCGUAUUGCCUCGCCUGGGUGCUGACCGAUCACAUUGGCCGUAAACCAACGCUCUCCGGCGCGUUCCUGCUGAGCGGAGCGUUCUGUCUCGCCAUCCAGUUCGUACCGGCAGGAGCCUGGAGUUACGGGCCUUUACUUUUAUACAUGGCCGGGAAGCUGUGUAUCACCAUGGCAUUUGCCACCGUCUACAUUUACACGGUGGAGCUGUUUCCGACGACGCUCAGGCAUUCCCUGCUUGGAAUUUGCAGCAUGACCGGCCGCGUCGGGUCGAUCUUAUCGCCGCAGACGCCUCUUCUGGCACAAAUAAUGCCCUCGUUGCCGCUCAUCCUGUUCGGAUCCAUGGGCAUAGUCGCGGGCGCCCUGUCUCUGAUUUUCCCGGAAACUUUGGGAACGAAACUUCCGGACACCGUGUGGGAAGCGGAGAAUAUCGGCAAGUCAAACGAGACACGUGAAAUUCCGGGUCUUCCGACGCCGCCGCGCCGAAGGAGCAGCGCGGAACGCUAAGACGCUAAGACGCCUCCCUUACUCUUUCUCCCUGUAUCGGGAGAACCGGCGAUAGCUUUUAAAAGCUUAUACCGACGGCGACGGUACUGAAAUGCGUCCGCUGACGUCAGAUACGGAGAUAAGGGGGGGGGGGGGUGGUGGCCUUCACGAGGCUCGACAUUUAUUUAAAAUACACGAGACGCACAACUGACGCGGGGAGGGGAGGAGAAUCCUAUCGUGCUCUCCGCAACGAUGCGCGACGCACGCUCGCAGAUUUUAUCUGUCGGCGAUUUGAAUAAGCGCGGCAUAUUACUCCCCGUAACUGUUUACCCUCCGUAAACCACCGCCGUCGCUCCACCCGUCAUCAUUUGUCUUACUCUCCCCCGCGUUUAUCCAUGCGCGCGCGCGCGCACGCGCGGAAGAGGAAGGAUUAUAAAAUCUUCCGAUAAAGUCCCAGCGUUCCCACGAUAUCUUCGGAAAUCUACCGAAAUCUCCUCGACGUGCACGCGUGUGCAAUUCGCGAGGUGUUAAGUGGAAAAUAGGUCAGAUCUCCGUUGGCCCGUACGCAUUUGUACGAUAUUUGUAUGUCCUUUGUCUCGCAUAUUGCCUCUCGCAACGCGGUUGCUAAUGCAUCAUUCUUAAAAGCGGGAUCGCGCCUCACUCCAUCCAAUUGUCUCGCGGAGCUCGCAGCGCGUAGGACGAAUACGAAUAAAGGUGUGGGAAGAGAGGUGGGGGGGGGUAAGGGAGGGGAAUGCAAAUGUCAUCCCCUGUGUACGUUCCACGCCGAGAUCUGCUUCACAUAGCGACGCGCGGACGAUUUGCUCACACAUGGAUUGCCAUCGCGCGCAUCUGUCAACGUAAAACAUUCGCGAAACACAAUGUAUAUUACAUAGCAUAGUUUGACCGUUCGGUAUGUGAGCUUUAUUUUUAGUCACAGCUCUCGGCACUUUUAUCCUGUAAUUUGCCGGCGUGACGUAAUUCAUAUAUAUAUAUAUACACGUCGUUAGUUCGUUGUGGUAAUUUAGUUUUAAUUAUUCUGGAUGCGAGGCAUGAGUAUUAUUUGUAUUAUGUGCGCAUUUUAACUGUGUUGUUUUACUGCGAUUUCUUAUACACAUAUGUGAAAACAAUGGAGUGUAAAGUAUUUGAGCAGAAGUUUCUCCAUAAAUAAUACUUCUGUAUCAUUUUUUUGCCAACAGAAAGAGAGUUAAUAUUCAUUCUCGAGGUGGUAUAUAUAUAUCUUAUAACAUGUACACAGUUGUGUCGUGAAGUAUUAAAUAAGUAUUAUGGAUUUUCAAAGGAUGAUAUUGUAUGAUGUGAACGUGAGAAAAAUAUAUUUUAUCGUGUACAAUUCGUUCUUGUUAAAAAAAUCAUUUAUUGAAUGAAUUAUGCAAGAUGUGCCUAAAUGUAAAAAUACACAUAGAUUCUUUGUAA